AUUAUUGGAUGACGAUUCUAACGCCCUAAUGUAGGCUUUACUUCAAUUUGGCGUAAUUCAAUUUAAUCACACAUUACCUUAAAAUCAUCAAUGCUAUAGUUCUGAUAAUAAAGUUAAUCCAAUUAUAAUGACAUCUAUAUUAAUGUCCGAGGGUAGUGACAGUGCGGCAGCAGUUGGCGCUGGCGAGGGCACUACUUCGCCAUGGUUCUUCAGCCCACCUGAACGAGGCAGGAGCCCCCGGCGUCGUCGGUCACGUUCCUCACCAGUUCGAUUAAGCUUGGCGUCGUUAGCAACGCGCACCCGCAGUCCAUUAGCGUCGCCACAUCGCCACUCUACCGCAACCACUCGUUUGUCAUCAGUACAGCCUGAUGUCUACUGCGCCGAUCAGAAGUUGGACUGGCCAAGUGGCUCUGCUUACUUCUCUGUGAUGCCUCCUGCUACACCGUUGCGACUAGUUCCCCUCGUUACCAGCCCGAUGCUGUCCCCAAGGGCCGAGUCUCCUCACCAGAAACCAGAACUGGUGGUACCUAUGGUCAUUUUGUCUGAGACUAAGGAACUGUCAAUUGAAGACCCACCAAUGGCAAAGAAGAGGAUGCCGAGUGGUUGUCAGCGACGUAUUGUACGUCGCUUGCUGCAAGAGUUAGUAACAGGCUUGCCACUACCUGUUACUACCUUACCGUGCACAGUUACUUAUCGGAAAACAAAUGUAUCAUCCACAUUGGUAUCAGCAGCCAAGGUAUCUCAAGCUGUAAUCACUGCUUCUGCGACUCUAUUGUCUACAUCACGAAUAGCGGCUGAAUGCAAACACGUGGCGAUCCAGGCACCUACGCAUAUAAAGAGAUCAGAAAAACAUGAAGAGAAUUCCAGCUUUGCUAGUGGCGUGGAGAAGCUGCCUGCGAAAGACGAAUGGGUGGGUGGUGUGAGAGCUUUGCGAGACUCGCAUGUGCGGCUUGUUCUGAGACAGUUGCGCCACAUAGAGCGGCUGAACAGAGCGCUAGACCGUGCCGCACCAACCAUUAGCGUACAUAAUCUGAAGCACUGAAUAUUUACGACAAUAUUUACCCUAUACCAUUCAAAGAUUUAAAUAAACGUUUUUAAGUAUUUCUUGUUAUGUAAUACCCUCGAGACCCCA